GCAAAUUUCUACGCGCUACACUUCGGAGGGUCUGUCUUCCCCGUGGGUGUUGAUGCAGCUAGAUUCGCAUUCUCUGCGUUCUCCAUGUCCAGCUAGAUUCGCAUUUUCCCCGUCCAAUUAGACCUGGAGUUUUACACAAGGCAGAGUACUUCACAUCUUUAAUAUCUGAGAUUCCAUGCUUUCCAUGACAUUCUGAGACCACAUAGCUUCAUCUUUGUUACGAACCAGUUUUUUGGAUUUCAGAUUCACCUGCAGAGCUUCGAGCUUGUCCACUCAAUUGGGUCACCAGUGCAAAUCAACCAGCUCUUUCCGCUCGACUUCACAAUAGAGUGCAAGAAGUGUUAUGCUCAACACGCACAUGACCCCAAGUUGUGACACUACGACGGGAAGUUAGUGCUCUUCGGGUGAGCAGGUCCUUCGGAUCGAGGAGGAGGCCUCCUGUAGGCCAGGUGACAUUUCGCUCGCGCAUGCCAAGCAGCAAACGUUUCUUACUCUGUGGAGGAGUGGAGGAGAGAAUGGAAGGUGCAGGUGCGUCCAUAGUCAGUCACGCUGUUGAGACACGGGGAAUGGACUCUGCAGACGAGGAACCGGAGCUUCCCUUCGCUGUCCAGGACCUUAUAUGGCGUCUGGAAGGAAAAGGCGAGCCUAUCACGACGUUUCUCUAUUUACGAUAGCCAGAUUUUCUGGAGUUCUUUCCGGAGCGGGCAUCGCUCUCGACGAUCGCAGGGUGGCGAAGCAAAGUGCGCCUUCGAGUGCUGGAGGCAAUCGGCAACUGCAACACCCUUGAGAAUCUAGAGUUUCUUAAUAUUUGUCGGGGAGAUAUGUCGAUGUUGACGGCAAGCGAGUGGGAGGUAGUUCUCAGAGGAUUCGUGUCUAGCACCGUUAUAAAAGUGAUAAACCUUCACUUUUCCCUUGAAAUCCAGGUCUCAACCUGGAUUUCAGAUGAGGAAGAGGAGAGCUUUUGUUUACAGAUAGGGAGAAUUCUGAAUUCCUCUAGCGUACAAGUAUUGAAUAUACACUUCUGCCAGAUGUUUCUUGAAUCUCGCCUCAGGAUUUCGAGGAAAUUCCGAUUCUAAACUCCAGUCUUUACACUUAUGGGGAGGGUGGGAAGCAUGUGGCCGACAUGAUCAACAGUGCUCCUCGAUUAGAAACGUUGACGUUAGGCCAUAUGGGAGCCAUGGAGGACGAGUACGUUGGAAUCCUGUCCCAGGCUUUGAUUCAAAGGUCGUCUUUGAAACAAUUGGAGUUAGACGAGGUGGAGUGGGGAGCGGCCUUGUUGCUGAAAGCUUUGGCCGGAGAUGAUGGCAACCGAUCCAUUGAACGUCUUCGGCUGGGGAGGAUGGAUGGACUCGGAGGCUGUUUAACGGAAGUUCUAACCUCCAACCCAUCAUUGAAGGCAGUGACGUUGGAGGGCGUAAAGAUGAGUCCUGAGGAAUGGCACCAGCUCGGCGAAGUCAUACGUGACAAGGCUACAACAACAUACUUGAGUAUUUGGUUUGAUUUUGAAACGUUUGAAUGUGAGUCAAUAGAAGCUCUUGCGUGUGCUGCUAGCUCCGAAGUCAAGGUUCCCCUAGUGGAGCUUGACCUCUAUCGUCGCAAUGAGGAUGAGUUCAUGUUAUCAAGAAACCUAAUAGGUAGGGUACUGCGCAGAGAAAUCAAAUCUCUGAAAUCUUUCAGUAUAUGGAAAUCUAGAUCUUUGAAAUCUUUGUGUAUAAACAUUUGGAAAAAUUAUCUGCACC